AUGAAAAUGUUUCAUCAUUUGAAGACUAAUGAAAAUGAAUCAAUUGAAAUGAAUUCAAUAAAUGAUCCAUCUUUAUUAUCAAAAGAAAAACGCAUUCAACAAAAAUUCUUUCGUACAAAACAUAUUUCCGAAAAAUGGAAAAAUAGCGGAGCAAAUCCACUAAAAAGUCGACGAAGAGUUCUUAGUAAAGCUUUAAUCAAUACAACUGAUAGUUUAAUUCAAGUUAAUAAACAUAAUUAUAAUUCACCAACAACAAAAAACAAACAUGAACAAAAUCAUGAUAGAAUAACAAUAAAUAUUAGUGGUAAACGUUAUCAAACAUAUUCAUCUACACUUGAAAAUUAUCCAAAUACAUUAUUGGGUAAUAAACAAAAACGAAUGCGUUAUUGGAAUGAACAAGAAGAAGAAUAUUUUUUUGAUCGUCAUCGUGCUUGUUUUGAAGCAAUACUUUAUUAUUAUCAAUCAAAUGGACGUCUUCGUCGACCAGAUUAUGUUCCAUUAGAUACAUUUUUAGAAGAAGUUUCAUUUUUUGAUUUAGGUUCACAAGCUGUUGCACAAAUAAAUAAAUCAGAAAAUGUUUCUAUGAUUAAAUAUAUUAAUUUACCUAAUUGGUUUUGGCGUCGUUAUAUUUGGUUUUAUCUUGAAUAUCCUCAACAUUCAAUAUUUGCUCGAAUUCUUCAUUCAAUUUCAAUGUUAUUAACUGUUAUAUCAUGUAUAACAUUAGCUAUUGAAACUUUACCACAAUAUAAUAAUUUAUGUAUAAAUGAAAAUAAUAUAACAUCAUCAGAAAAUGAUAUUAAAUUAUGUUCAGCAACAUUUUCUUCACCAUUUUUUAUAAUUCAAACAAUAUGUGUAUCAUAUUUUAUAAUUGAAUUUAUAUUACGUUUAAUUAGUACACCAUCAUAUUAUAAAUUUAUUCUAUCAAUAUAUAAUUGGCUUGAUUUAUGUGCUAUUGUACCUUAUUUUAUAUUUUUAGGUCUUGAAUUAUAUCAUUAUCAAAUAGAAUUACAUGGAAGUUUAGUUACUGGUUUACGUGUAUUAAGAAUAUUAAGAUUUUUACGUUUAGUAAAACUUUAUUUAAUUUUUAAUCAAUUAAAAUCAUUACGUGUUCUUAGUUCAACAUUAAAAGAAUCAUUUACAGAAUUUAUUAUUAUGAUGAUUAUAUUGACUUUAUUAGCUUUUAUGUUUGGAGCUGCUACUUAUUUUGCUGAAGAAAAUACUAAUGGUCAAGUUUUUGAUUCGAUUCCAAAAGCUACUUAUUGGGGAAUAAUAACUAUUACAACAACUGGAUAUGGAGAUAUGUAUCCAAUAACAAUAAUUGGUCGAAUAUUGGCAUGUAUAUGUGCUUAUUUUGGUGUUGCAACAAGUGGUAUACUUGUAUCUAUACUUGUUGAUCGUUAUCAACGUGUUUAUAAUCGAAAAAAAUUUUUUCCUGAUCAAAUUAUAUCAGCAGUUGAUCCAAAUGAAAGUGAACAUGAAGAAAAACAAGAUUUUAUAAAUAGAGUAUUAAGUGAAUCUCACAGAGUAUUAUCAAAUACACAAUUUAUACCACCGACACCAACACCUUCAAUAUCUUCACCAAAAUAUAAUAGACAACCUUCGAAAUAUAAUAGAUUAGCAUCUCGCGUUCGAUUUUGUAUUUCAUUCACUGAUGAUCAAUCAAUGUCGCGAACACCCGAUGUAAUUUUGAAUGAAUUAGAAGAAGCAGUAAAAGAUAGUGGCGAAGAGAUUAAUUUCAAAUUAAUUAAUCGUCAAGAAGAUUCUUUUAAUGAUAGAAUAACAACUGCAAAUAUACCAUCUUCUAAUUCUAUAUACCAAAUGUUCUAA